AUGAAUGUUACUUCACAGCUAUGCUCCUCUGCUCCUCAGAUCAUUGGUAUUGGGCUAUGUGGAGUGUUUGAGCUCAUCAAAGAGACUCGUUUCUCGCACCCGUCACUGUGCUUACGGAGCCUUCAGGCACUUCUAGAUAUGCUCCAGGGGCAGCAGCCGGAGAGCUUUCAGACCGAACCUCCAGAUGUGCUGGAGUCUCUCUUUCAUCUUCUGCUGGAGACAACGGUGCGGAGCACAGGGAUGAACGACCCCACCGGUCAGACCCUCACAGCGCUAUCCUGUGCCUGCCUCUUCAGCCUGGUGGUGGCCUGGGGAGACACUGGCAAAAUCCUCCAGGCUGUGUCUGCCAUCCUCACCAACAAUGGCAGUCAUGCAUGUCAGACCAUCCAGGUUCCAACAAUCCUGAACGCGCUUCAGAAGAGUGUGCAGGCUGUGCUGGUGGGAAAGAUCCAGAUCCAGGACUGGAUUGGGAACGGCAUCAAGCGAGCCGCACUGAUGAACAAAUGGGUCCUGAAGGAAGUGAACAUCGAUGAAGAUGAACGCUGUCUUCUUCAGACUGAUGGUUCCUUCCUGUACCUGCUCUGUAAAGAUGGCCUCUACAAAGUGGGCUCAGGGUACAGUGGCACUGUGCGGGGCCAUGUGUACAACUCCACAUCACGUAUCAGGAACCGUAAGGAGAAAAGUUCAUGGCUGGGAUUCGCCCAGGGUUGUUUGCUGUAUCAAGACAUGAACAGUCACAGCAUGGCGGCCAUUAAGAUCAACCCAGAGACUCUGGAGCAGGAGGGCACUGUCACAAUGCCGGGUCUACAAGCAGAUGGUCAGAACAUCAUAUUCACUGAUGGAGAAUAUAUCAACCAGAUAGCAGCCUGCAAAGAUGAUGGCUUUGUGGUGCGGAUCUACGCCACCAGCUCAGACCCGGCCCUACAGCAGGAACUGCAGCUCAAACUGGCCAGGAAGUGUCUUCAUGCCUGUGGCAUCUCCCUCUUUGACCUGGAGAAAGACCUUCAUAUCAUUAGCACAGGGUUUGAUGAGGAAGCAGCCCUGAUUGGAGCUGGCAGAGAGUUUGCUUUGAUGAAAACGGCAUCUGGGAAGGUAGACCUACCUCUCUAUAUUCCUCUGUGUCUCUGCAUUAGUGUUUAACUGAAU